CAGUUGCGCGCAGCGGCGUCCCCGUCCAACAGUCGUGGGAUUGAAGUGACUCAUUUUGAGAGUAAUGAGAAAUAGAUAAAACAGCGAGAGGAAGAGCAAUGGAGAGAAACAGCGGGAGAGAGAGAGAGAGAGAGAGAAAUCGAGAGAGAUGCAGAAAGGGAAAUGCAGAGCCGAAAUGUUAUGCAUUUGAAAGUGGAAGAACUGAAUGGUCCUGCAGCGGCUAAGUGAUGAAGAACCCGAUGCAGAUCAGAUCCGCAGGGAGAUUAAACUCGUGUCAGUGGUCGACGGACCUGGGCAACAACAGAGCAAAGCGAAUGAAUCACUCAAUCUGAAUUUAACCGACGUGUCUGUGGAGGUGGUUCAUCAGGAGUCCAGUAAUGUGGUUGAACGAAGAAGGAGUGGAAGAGUGCGGAAAAAACGGUCCUUUUCACCCGAAGUGGAAGAAGCUCCAGUCAGGAGAAAAAAGAGCAAGUGGAAGUGCAGUCCAUCCAAAGCCAAAUCAGAGGGAAGAAAGGAAGCCAGGUUUUGCUGCGAUAUCUGCAAAUCCCCUUACAUUACGGAUCCUAGACGGCGGGGCAAUCGAUUGAAGACAUCAAACUAUAGCCCGUCACCACGCCGCAAGAACGACCCAAAGACUGGACGAGUGCUAACGCUAUGUAAUGCAUGUGGUCUAGCGUUUGACAGACCUCGUCGCCCUCACACCCCUUGCACAAACGUCGAAGCCAGCGCACGCAAGAAGCACGAGGAGGAGCUGCGGGAAUUUACAGCGGCCGUGACACACCUACUGGGUGACCAAGAUGCGGAGAAGCUGUGCUGCCCUUUGUUUGUGAAGAAGCCGUGUCAGUGUCUGCAGAACUACAUCAGGAGGCCCGAAGGUCCAUCGGCCUGGGAAACGGUCAACGCAAAUCAAAGGCGUUCGAAGAAUUCGUCCUGAGGAACCGCAGCACGUUGCGAAGCGAGCUGAAGCUGUGCGAGAGAGCCACGCAACGGA